AAACCUGCCCCGUCCUAAUACAGCCCCUUUACGAGGUCCCUGUGCCUGUGCCUUUAUCUGGCCUCUGCCGCUCUCUCAGCUCCUUCUGAUGGUACAGCCUGCCUGCGCUGCCGCUGCCUCUGCUGGGACACCAACACACAGACAGGCUGCACAUAGCGACGCAGACACAGACGGAGCGCGAGCUGCCAGGCACACAGACGGAGCGCGAGCACCACCAUGGGCUGCUGCAACAGAAGGUGCGGGCUGAUAGCCGGUGCCGUGAUUGGGGCGGCGGUGGCCAUCCUGGGAGGCGUCCUCAUCCCCGUGGGGAACAGCAUCAUCGAGGGGACGGUGAAGCAGGAAGCCGUCAUUGAGCCUGGAACAACAGCGUACGACAACUGGGUGUCCACGGGGGCAUUUGUGUACCGGCAGCUCUGGCUCUUUGACGUAAAGAACCCCAUCGAGGUCAUAGAGUACGGGGCCGUGCCGGUGGUGGUGGAGAAAGGACCCUACACAUAUAAGAUCAGAUACCUUCCCAAAGAGAACAUCUCAUUCCACGCCAACCACACCGCCGCCUUCCUGCUACCUCAGGGCGCCAUCUUCGAGCCGUCCCUGUCCGUGGGACCGGAGGAGGACGAGGUCACGUCGCUCAACGUGGCCGUGGCUGCGGCUUAUUCACUUAUUCCCCAAGGGCUUCAUAUACUAUUGGAGAAGUGGAUAAAAAACAGCAACUCCUCCUUAUUCCAGCGCCGCACAAUCAAGGAGCUGCUGUGGGGCUACAGGGACCCCAUCCUGAACGAGACCAUUGGCCUGUUCUCACCCUACAACGGCACCUACGACGGCUACUACAACGUCCACACGGGAAAGGAUGACAUCUCCAAAGUGGGACUCAUCGACAGGUGGCGAGGAGAAGACACCUUAAAAUUCUGGGACGACGAGUUCUGCAACAUGUUAAACGGGACAGACGCCUCCUCCUUCCCUCCCUUCGUGAAGAAGAAGCAGCUGCUGUAUUUCUUCUCCUCAGACAUCUGCAGGUCGGUGUCAGCGGCCUAUGAGCAGACCCUGGACCUGAAAGGCAUCAAGGUGUACCGCUACACCCUGCAGCAGUCCACGCUGGCCUCCCCCACAAUCAACCCGGACAACAAGUGCUUCUGCCGGGACAUGAAGGUCACGCAGAACUGCACCCUGGCCGGAGCCCUGGACAUCAGCUCCUGCCAGCAAGGACGGCCCAUCUACAUCUCCCUACCCCACUUCCUUUACGGCAGCGCGUCUCUGCGUGAGCACGUCUUGGGCCUCCAGCCCAGCGAGGAGCAUCACUUCACCUUCCUGGACGUGGAGCCGACAACUGGGUUCACGCUGAGGUUUGCCAAGAGGAUCCAGGUCAACAUGGUGUACGGGCCGUCGAAGAUCAUCACGGUCCUGAAGAAAGUCAAGAACUACACCAUCUUCCCUCUGGUUUGGCUGAACGAGACGGCGUCGGUGGACGACGAGACGGCUCAGAUGUUCAAAGACGAGCUGAUCUCACGCAUCCAGAUGCUGGACGUGGUGCAGAAGGCGCUGCUGGGCAUCGGCGUCUCCGUUUUCUGCCUGUGUCUCAUCGCCUACUUUGUGGUGAGGAGGAGAGAAGGCAAGCUGGCGUGAGCGUCCGUGUGUGUGUGUGUGUGUGUGUGUGUGUGUGUGUGGGCACAGUGCAUUUAAGCUGCUACAGGACAUGAAACCUUUUGAUUAACGUGUUAGGACGUGAUUUCAGUGUUAUUUGUAUUCUGCUUUCUUUGAUACUGGGGGGGAAACUGUGAUUUUAUAAUCUGCUAAGUUGCUUUGCCAAGUAUCGUGAUGCAAACACCAACGUACUCAAUCAGGGAUUUCUAGAGAGCGAGCACCUGUCAGGACGUCCUUCACACAAACGAGCUUGAACAGAAAUGUACAAAUGUUCUUAUUUGUUGCCGAACUACUGUUGUGAAAAUGAAUAAAUAACUGUAAAGUCGG